AUGGAGCGGGCACCAUACAACAACCCGAGACAGCAGCAGCAGGGCGGCAGUGCAUCAGCAGACAGGCAUUAUGCAGGCAACGGCAGCAGCGGUGGGCAGCAGAGCAGUAGUGUGGGAUAUGCAGGUCGCAACAAUGACAUGUACCGGUUUGGGUCAGGCCCGUCGACGAGCAACAGCAGCUCGUAUGAGACGGCGUUUUACAACGAGACGGGCAGCAACUCGUCGUAUCACUACUACCGGUACGAGUCGGGCAAUCGUGGGAGCGCGUACGACGGCGACAAGGGGGCGGGGUAUAUGGGUGGGCCGGGCGGGUACGCACACGCACACGCGUCGGGGUCAGCGACGGCAUCGGCGCCGAUCGUGCAGACGGUGUCAAAGCUGAACGAGGAGGCGCGGCGGGUGCAUUGCUACAUCUCGGACUCUGUGGACUCGGCACUGGAGGAGGACGCAAUGCAGCCGCUGAUGCCGGCGGUAUUUCGGCCAAUAGCGCGAGCCAGCGAGCUGCCGUUCUGGCGGCCGCCGGCGGUGAUGCAAUCAGACCCGCACUACCACACUAGUGCCGCACAUUCUCGCAGUACGCGGCAGCGGGGGCUUACUGCCGGGCCGCACGCGCGGCAGGCGGGCGUGGGAGCGGCAGACAAUGCAGAGCAAAACAACAACAACAGCAGCAUUGGCAGGCGGGCGGUGGUGACCUCUGUUUCCUCUCCUGGAUUUUACGCGCGGCAGCAAAGAGCCCCACGGAAUAGCAUGCCGACGAUCAACUCGCUCCUGUCCUCGCCACAGACGUCGGCCAUUGCACUGCCGCCGAUUCAUGCGCUGGCGGCUCCGGCGAGUGCGGCAGCGUUGGGCAAGAGGACAGCAGCGGCUGAGUACGCAUACGAGACUGGCGGCGGUCUGGCGCUUGACGAUGGCGAGGACGAUGACGACGAUGACGACGAGGUGGAUGGGCGCACCCAGACGUUGCACCGUGAAAUGAAGCUGGCGCCGCUGCAUGGCCGGUACUCAGAGCCGGCAAAGACACGUGAGUCGAUGUCGAUCUCGGCGCUGGUAGGCGAGUCCAACAUCAGCCUGCCGGGCAUUGGUAGCCUGGGGGCGCUGGUGGGCGGCGAGUCGCGCAAGCGGGCGCGCGAGGUAGAAGCCCCGGAGCCGAUGACAGCGCACAAGGCGGCUCGCACGGAGACGGUGGGACUGGAUGGCAGCAACCAGGUGGUGAUCAUGUGCUAUCCAUGCCGCAGUGGCUCAGAAGUCGUACGGCGGCGAGAAGCGGUUCCUGUGCCCGCCGCCGGCGGUGCUGAUGGCGGGCGCCGGGCGCAGCGCACGUGCAGCGCACCACUCGCCGAUGGUUCUGUCGGUGACGACCGACGGCGGCGAGCGGCUGGCACCGGCAGAGACCGGCAAGAAGGCACGGGCGUCGUCGAGCGCCCAUGCGCCGCUGGAGUGCCACACGACAUUCAACAGCCGCAACGUGGCGCUGUUCAAGAGCCUGCACGUGACGGGGAUGCAGAAGGCCAAGAGCUUCCGGCUGCGGCUGGACCUGAUGGCGCCGGCGGCGUGGGGGGCUGGGGUCCCAGCAAGAAGACGGCCAAGGCCCGCAACCAGACGUCGUGUAUCCGCGGCGGGUCGCUGGUGUCGCUGUUCAACCGCAUCAACUCGCAGACAUUCCGCACAAAGUACCUGAACGUCGACCACAGCAGCGGGCGGUGGGUCGCGCAGAGCCACAACUGGUCGCCGUUCAAGGUGGUGGUGGUGGGCGGCGCCGGCGACGGGGCCCUGUACUACGGCGCCGAGAUUGUGCUGGUGGAGACGCGCCGCAACUUUGCGUCGCCGGUGAUGGUGAUCCACAAGGUCGAGCGCGGCCGCCUGGUGCCCAACGCGCGGUCGCCGGUCAGCCAGAUGCAGAAGGUCGCGCUGCAGGUCAAGGCCCCUGGCGAGCCGCGCUUCCUCAAGGCCGACGUCGGCCACUACAGCCAGGCCGGCGAGGGCCUGCGGUUCGACGACCCCGACGGCUCGCCCGAGCUGACCUUUGCCGCCAUCGACGGGGCGCUGCUGACGCGCACGCGCACGCGCGACCUGGCCGAUGGCACCGGCGUCGAGAUCGACGAUUUCUUCUGCUGGACGAUCGUUGGCAUUGCCGGCUUCUCGUACUCGUACUCGGCGCCGCGCGCUGCUGUCCAGAGCAUCAACCCGAUGCCCCGUCUGGCUGCCCCGCCCACAGUCGCUGGCCGGACGCUGCAGCUGCAGGUUCGUGGCUUCGAGCGCAUGCAGGUGCUGGUGGGCGACCUGGCGCUGCCAUGCGAGGCGGAUACAUGCCAUAAGGGCGAUAGUGUUAUGGUUGUGGCCCAAGUGCCGCCGGCUUGCGAUGGCGGAGUGCUGGCCGUGCGCAGGGACGACGGCGUCGUGUUCCAUCUCAAGUGGCGGUUGUCUGUGCCGCUGCCGACGUGCAGGUUGAGCCCUGCAAUCUCGAAAUAUAACCUCCUUCUCUCCCCCUCCCUUACAAAUUCCAACAUUUCUUAA